CUGACAUGGGCCAAAGGCAAAGAUCUAUUGAUGGGAGACUACGAUUUCUCUUUUACAGUGCCCUCGGUGUGGUCAGGUUAAAUUAAAGAUUAUGGGAGGCGUAGAAGGUAACCAGUGGUUUGAUAAGUUUAUGGACGAAGUCGGAUUGGUAUUUACCAAGGUUGACGAAUCGAUACAGAAGAGUAUUGAACUCUGGACAGAGUUAACCAAAGACAUAUUUGACGACCAGCCUAACCAAGACUUGACCGGACAGCCAGAUAAUGGUGGAUCUGGUGAUGAACAUUCCUCUCAAUAUCCUGUCUCUGAGGUCAAAGAAAGACCGAUUCAACACUGGUAUAUGUGCCUUUCUGACGUAAAAGAAAAACCGCUUCAACACUGGUCUAUGUGCAUUGCUGAGGUCAAAGAAAAACCGAGCCAACACUGGGCUAUGCGUGCUUCAAAAUUCCCAGAGAGUUUCACUCAAGCACAAGGUGGUGAUGAUUGUUAUGAAAAUUAUGGUGAUGGUGCUGAUGGUAUUGAUGAUGAUGAUUAUGAUGAAGAGAAUAGUGAAUCGAGUUUGAAGUGGAACUGUGACUAUCAGCUGUUAAAGAGUGGCUACUUGUCUUUCGAUGAAGAAGAAGAAGAGGAUAAUGACGAUGAAGAAGAUGUUGACAUUUUCUCCGAAGAUAGUGAUGAUUCAUGGAAUGAGGAUUUUGAUGAUGAAGAUGAAGAAGCGGAUACUACAGUUUUUAAAUAUUCCGAAAACAUGUCGGAGCUUGAUUUGGGAUCAGCGACGAAUUAUACCCCUAGUUCCUACGAUCAUCGUAAUGAAAAAGAUAGUGGUUCAAGUUUGACGUGGAAAGGUGGUUAUCAGCAGUUAUAUAAUGUUGACACGUCUUCCGACGAAGAAGAUGAAGAAUCAUGCGAUGAGGAGGAUGAUGAAGCUGGGGAAUAUCACUCUGAAGAAGCGAUGGAGAUGUCGCGCGAGCAGAGAAUGAGCGAGCUAAGGAAAGUGCUUCAUGACGAUGAAGAUGACGUAUCACAAGGAUUUGUGAAUGUGAGGCGAGAGACAAUUGCGAAGAAUACGGAAUUUGGUGAGGUCGAGACCCUUUUACCAGAUGGUGAUUGGGUUUAUGUGAAGAGUGCUUAGGGCUCUGAUCUUUUGGCAAAAAAUGUGUGUGAUUUGAUCGAGUUUAUACUUUACAUCGGCUUUAAUGAUAUUUAUUUGUGUAGUUUUUUGAGUGUUUCAUUCGUUUUUCACAAGGCUUAUGUCACUCUAUUAACUUGGGGUUUAAUACCAAAUAGUGUACUUUUUCUUAUC